UUUGUAGCGUGUUUAGUCGGCUAUGACAGAGGUUGUCAGUGAUGGCUGGAAGGGCUGCGGGUGUAAAGGGAUCCGAUCCUGUUUGUUGUGCGAGUCAGGCGGGAAAACUGUGACAGCGGGGGAUCAUGAGGGUUUCAAUAAGAAAUUACCGUUCUUCUACAGUUCAUUAGAAGGCAUAGCAAAGGGGAUUGAUGGCUGCUGGUUCCAUUUUCCAGGUGUGCAUCUGAUAAAGGAUUUUGUGACAGAAGAUGAGGAGCAACGCUUGGUACAAUUUAUGGAUCAAGGAGAGUGGAGACAUUCACAGUCUGGGCGAAGGAAGCAGGACUUUGGUCCAAAGGUGAACUUCAAGAAACAGAAACUGAGAGUUGGGAAUUUCUCAGGUCUUCCUAAUAUCAGCCAAGUGCUUUGGGAAAGGAUGAAGCAGCAUGCUGUCCUCGAAGGAUUCCUUCCUGUUGAACAGUGUAAUCUGGAUUACCAUUCAGAGAGAGGCUCAGCCAUUGAUCCACACUUUGAUGACUCUUGGCUUUGGGGUGAACGUCUGGUUAGUCUAAACCUUCUUUCAGAUACUGUGCUCACCAUGACUAGUGACGAUGUAAGUAGCCUUCAGCUGAUGCCAGUUCUACAGAAAGGAGCUGAACUAAAUAUGACUGGUUCAGAUAACAAUGCAAGUGAUGUGAACAUUGGACAGAAUCCAGUGUCUAAUAACUCUCAGGCCAAGCAAGUUCCCUGCAGCAAUGUGGAAGUAGCCAUAUGUUUACCCCGAAGGUCUUUAGUGGUUUUAUAUGGAGAUGCCCGAUAUAAAUGGAAACACGCCAUUCAUCGUGAGCACAUAAAGCACCGACGAGUUUGCAGUACUUUCAGGGAACUGUCAGUAGAGUUCAGCUUGGGUGGCAAGGAAGAGAAACUUGGGGAAAUGUUAUUAAAGAUAGCUCUUGGCUUUCAGGGGAAGGCAAUAUAAAUUGUGAAUUUUCUGUCUGAAUGUUUCACUGGGGCUUUGUUGGAAAUUUGAUGGAAAUUAUACACUUUUAACAUGGGCUAAUAUUUUGCAUAUACAGUAUAACUGAUCAGGCAAUGGCUCUGUUGAUAUGAAGGCCACUCAUAUGAUUGUAUACAUUUCACUGAUUAGCCUUUUGGACAGAUGGAGUCACUGGGUUGUUGGACAAUCAUAUUUUCUGUUUUAGGAAAUUGUAAAACUGGUGCCAAUUUUGGUCUGCCGCCAUACCCACGGCACUCACAUUUUCGGGUCUGGAAGUGGGUCCGGGCUGUCCACGUCUCAGAGUGCAAUUGCUCUUUCUGCACUAGAAGAGAUGAAUUUCCGGGUUGAAAACCGUGGACCCUGUAUGCUCAUAAUCAUAAAAUGUUGUUGGAAAAUGAUCAGACUGGGUAACCCAACUUUUCUACUUGAACACAGACUGGCUACCCUAGUUGGUGCACCAGUGGCCAGCAUAAAGCAGAUGUUAUACAGUGGGACCGAUUUAUCAUCCAUCGAUGUUCAUUGUGCAGGCAGGUGACUUCCUAAUCUCACCUUUUUUGUAAUUGAUUACUUUUGUUUCUCCCCAAACCUUUUUUAAGCUUUUUUUUCCAACUAGUGGGUUAUUUAUGGUACGCUCAUGGAAAAUUAUUUUAUUUUUUUAAAACCAGUUCAGAAAAAAACCCAAAAAGCAAGUCACUCACCUGCAAUUGUUUUUUUUUAAAGUAAUAAAAAUAUAUAAAAUAAAAAUGCAGUGUUGCCCUGCACUGGUAAAACUGGUGUGUUUGCUUGAGAGACACUGCUAUUGUUUAUAUAGGAAAGUCAGUGAGAAUGUGACCGCUCAAGACUCACCCCACUAUAUCAGUCUCCUCAAUCAGCUCUAUGAGCUCCGUGUGCUCAGCCACCAGCGCUCCAACUGUAAUAAGUCCAAAUAAGCUGCUGUGUAGCAAUGGGGGGGGGGCAGCCAUUCAAAGGAGAAAAGGCUCAGGUUACACAGCAGAACAUAAUGGUGUUAUCCAGUAUUUAAAACUGUGCCAUAUAGCUUUUUUCAAAUUUUUUGCCAUUGCUACACAGCAGCUUGUUUAAAUGAACGAUAGUAGUGUUUCUGAAGCAAACACAUACAUUUUACCAGUGCAGGGCUACAGUAUAGGAUAUUUUCCCAUCAGCAACUCGUGACUAUAUCUUUAAUAACCCCAUUAUGGACUGACCUCUGUCCCUGAUGUCCCAGCAGUCAGUAGCAAUAUGUUUCUCAUGAAAGAGCUUAUUAAAAUGAUAGCGACAUGUUUCACUUCUAUGAGGAACAUGAUGUCACGUUGAAAGAGACUGUUGUAUAUAUUCUAUCAGCAAAUCUGUUUCUCUUACCUCUGAGACAUGAGAAACUGAUUUAUAAUCAUGUGUUAUACCUAAACAAACAACAUGUCUGUGUCAAUGAAAUAAGCAAGGCUGAUCGCACAUGAGCAGAAAAAAACACGAGUACUGCAAAUUUGCCCACCGGCUGAAAGCACCACAUGUACAAUGAGCCUGAAUAUAUGAUUUUAGAAAUGACAUCCUGAAUUAUCAUCACUAGCGUGCAGCUAAGGGGACGUAUCAAAAUAUGUGUUUUAAAAGAUUGUGGUUUUUGUUUGCUGCUGUGCUACAGUUCAUGGUAAAGCAGAAGCAGUAAUCAUGGGGCUGCAUUUGCAUCAUAUUGGUGAUUUCUAAAUAUCUUUUAUCAGGAGCAGACUAACAUCAUUCUCUGCCAUCUCAGUGCUGCCUCUGUUCAUUGAGGGGCUAUUUUAUGUGCACUUGCUUGGAUGCUCAUUGAUGUAUUUUUCAGUGGCGGGGAAUUCUUUAUAAAUGAGAGAGAGCCCCAUAUGCUGCAGUGGUUGCAGUUGGGGACAAGAUACAUGUAGAAACCCAAGUUCGUGUGAAUAGGUGCCACGGUUUAAUGUUAGGCCUUAAUGAAUGACAAUCACUGCUUUAAUGUCGCUGGCAGUGAAAUGAUUUUAAUGAAUGUAUCAUUUUUAUUCUGCAAUAAAGUAAUGCAUAUCUCA